ACAUAAAGGGAAAAUUGUAAAUAAGAUAUAUUUUUCAACUGAAUUACAAAAUGUUAACUCCACGUUUUGAAGUAACUCAAACUGAUGCAGAAGUUGCAAUAAUUAUCCAUGCACCAUAUGCUAAUAUUAAAGACACAGAGGUUUAUGUUGAUGGAACAGAUUUCAGAUUUUAUUCUACACCAUAUUAUUUAAGGUUAAAACUACCAGGUGAAAUAGAAGAAAAUGAUUCAUCGUUUGGUGCAUAUGAUUGUGAAAAAGGAGAUUUCUCUUUAAGGUUUCCAAAAGUAGUAAAAGGGGAACAUUUUGAAAAUUUAGAUAUGAUAAGUACAUUAUUAGCUCCACCAAAAAAGAAGGCUACAAUUGUAUCCAAUAUUGAAGUAAUUGGAAAUCCAUCAGCAAAUUCUGAAGAUAUGAAUGACAUGGCAACUAAACAUUCAUCAAAUGAAGAAAAUACUAAUGGGGAUGAAUGGUAUAUACAUCAAAAUAGUUUUACAGAAACUGUACCUCUUUUACCUACUUCCCCAAAAUAUGGUUUUGCAAGCAAAGUAUCUGGAGCCUUAGAUGCGUUUGAGCCAGCAUGGAUUAAAGAAAUAAUAGAUCUUCCAAUGCCAGAUACAGUACCUCAAUCUGAGAGAAAAAAAUUACGAGAGAAAUGUGAAAUUUCAGAUUUCAAUGAGGAACAUUAUUUGGCAGAUCUUAUGCAACCAUGUAUAGAACCAUAUAUUUCCUUUAUUGCAGAGUGGGACACUUUGAAAAAAGAAAAUGUUUCCUUCAAUAAAACUGAAGUGGAUUUAUUAAAAGAACUUCCAAAUAAAGAAUAUUUAUUAAACAAUGAAGAAACAUAUAAGUUGCUUUUAAGUUUAAUAGAUAUUUUAUUUGGUAAUUGUUAUAACCACAGAACAACAUUAGGAGAAAAUACUGUUGAAAGUAGUUGGACUAUUAGUAAAUUAAGUUCCACUUUGUCUUGGUUUGAUGAAUUUUCUGAUCCCAAAGAAUUAAUGAAAGCAUGUUUUAGAAGAUCAAUAUGUUAUCCACUAUUUAGAAAUUGGAAUUUAUCUGAAAAGGUUUUUGAAGAUGUAAAGAAGGUAAUUAAAUUAGGAAAAAAAUACAUUAUAAAACGUUUCUGUGAAAUACAUAGUCUGUUCAAUAAUUCGUAUGAACCUCGAUACAUAUUAAAUCAAUUGUAUAUAAAGGACUAUCUAAUUUGGUUACAGCAGAUCAAUGAAUCUUUAAUAGAAUCAUUGGAGUCCCUUCUCAUUAAUAUUCAACCUUGUAAAGAAGAAAUGGAUCUUGAUUUAGUACAGCUAGAGCAAGCAGCUUAUUUUGUGCAAGAAGAAGACCUUAUUAUAGAAAAUUCUGUACAUGAAAUGGUGAACCAAAUGGAUGAAUUAACAGUUAAUGAGCCAAAGACUAUAUACUACAUUAAAGACAAACAUUCUUUAAAGUAUUUAUUGUCAAGCAGCUCAAGUUCAAGUGACAGCAGCGAUACUGAUUCUGAGACAGAUUCAGAAAGUACCACAUCGAGUACCACUACAACAAGUAAUAGUAAUAGUUUGGAUUCUGAUGAUAUUCGUGGCACGGCAUUGCUCGAUGUAUCCCUGAUUUUCAUGAAGUUCCUUCGACUUCCGAAGGUAAUGAAGAACAUCCAACAAUCGUGGGACCGUAUCCUUUUUGUAAGCUGUGCAAUCUCCAACUAUUAUCAUCAUCAUUGUUGUUGUUAUCACAAUCGAAAUCAACAUAAUUCGUUCUCUUUUUCCGUCAGUAAUGCGUACCGUUGGCGUACCAGACAUUAUUAGAGGAGAUCGUUUCA